CACUUGAAUGCGUGGGUACUGGACACUAACUAUGCUUUUAGCAACAUGGCGUCGAAGGUGAGACCAAAGUUCUUUUCUCCUUACGUUGAUGAAAAAAUAUUAAGAAGCCUUCAAAAACGCGUAUCUCCACGGAAAACAUCCCAGGAGUUAGAAGCUAGUAAAGAGAAACAAGUCGACAAGGGCAGCGAUAGUGCUGAGAAAACUGGUAGUGAUGAGCAGCCAUCACUAGUACAACAAACUGAAAAAACUGUUCAGGGAGAGAGCAUGACAAGCAAGAAGGCAAUGAUAAAAGUGAAUGUUAAUGAGUGGUACCAGAAGCGCACUGCAGAGCUGGGAGUGAAACCAAUCUACAAGACACUCCCAAACGCUAAAACAGCCCUAGAAGGCGAGAAACCCGAACCCCGGUUUAUCUGGAAAGAGAAGAAUUGGCCUAAAGGAUUCCCGGACUCUCCUGAAGAGGCCAAAACAGAUGUCAUGACAUUCUUAGAACAGAGAGACUGCUACCGUAGGCUGCAGACACUUAAAGUGAAAGACUUCUGUGUCGGCAGUAUAGUGGCUGUGACGAGAUCAGAUCCACACGUUGCUAAAGGACAAGUCAGGUUUGUAGGAAUCUGUAUCUACAAGAGUCGUUGGCAGAACACCUUGGGUGCGACAUUCACUUUACGUAACGUGAUAGAAGGAGAGCCCAUGGAAAUAAACUUCCAGCUCUACUCACCACUCAUUCAGAGUAUCGAGGUCAUUAAACACGAGCGAAGGGAAGAAGACGCCUUGUUUUACCUUAGAGACUAUCCGCCAUCCAUGAGCAUGGUGAACGAGAAAAUGAAGGCGUUGCCGUACACGGAGGAACCUUCCCUCUAUGUUGAAUCUGAAGAAACAAAGAAAGAAAUCGACGAAUGGUUCGCUAAACUAUGGAGACUGAAAAAAAGAUUCUAGAUUUGUCACGCCUAGGAGUAAUCGCUUUGUGACUUGUCUCCAAACUGUUCACAAGCAGACAAGCCUGUAGGACGCUAGGGGUGGCCAACAAUCUUUUUUCUUUUUUCAAAUGAAUAAAAUGUCAAAUGAUA